GCCCUAGUUAACUGAUAUCCCCCAAUCAAAACUCCGUGAACCCUCUCCACUUCUUACUCUUCGGAAUCGUCCUCCUCUUCUUUUUCUUCUGUUUUCUUUCCUCUUCUCCGAUGGCGAUCGUGACGAUUCUUCCAUGAAUCUCGUGGACUUCUCGUAUUUCUAAAUAUACUUUCCUCAUCGGACUUCUAAUUCUUCAUUUCCUAACUCGAGCUCUCGCGUAUGCCAUCGAGCUUGCACUUCGAGAAUGGGCGGAGUUAAUGCCAUCACUCUUGAGGAGAUUAAAAGCGAGACCGUUGAUCUGGAACGUAUUCCAAUAGAGGAAGUGUUUGAACAGUUGGAAUGUACACGAGAAGAACACAAAUGUGAAUUCGUGAAAGGGCUGAAGGAAAGGAAGCAUAUGUGUGCAAUGACAGGGGAUGGUGUUAAUGAUGCACCUUUCUUUAAAGAAGGCAGAUAUCGGAAUGGCUGUUGCUGAUGCUACUGAUGCAGCCAGAGUGCUUCAGAUAUUGUUCGUACAGAACC